CAGGGUCUGUGGAUAUCAAUUUUGUGGCAGCCAAGAUGAGGCCUUUGUUCUGUGGCAACCUUGAGUAUGAUACUCGCCAAUCUGAGCUGGAGAGGCUAUUCUCCAAAUAUGGGAGGGUUGAUCGUGUCGACAUGAAAUCUGGGACAGUUAAUGGCAACUUAUUUCACUCUGAUGUAUCAACUUCCAUGCAAAACAUUCCAUAUCAGAGCAAUUUAUCCUUCCUGCAAGCACAUCAGACUCUUACACUCAACUGCCAUUCUACACUGUCCUCACACGAUAGUCUACUGUCCAUCUUUUCUACGACUGCAUUAUGUAGAGUUGACAUUUUACAAGUAUGAGGAAUCUGAUAAUCAUGCCUACUGCACGCCUGCUGCACGAAUGGGGAAGCAUGUGCAGCAGUGAACUCGCAUUGGGUUAAAUUUUUAUGCUAUCAUUUAGUCCAUCCAAAAGCCUCCAUACUUGCCAUCCUUUUGUCCUUCAGGCCUUCUCCUGUCUAUCAGGUUUUGCAUUCAUUUAUUUUGAAGAUGAACGUGAUGCUGAGGAUGCUAUUCGAGGUCUUGAUGAUAUACCUUUUGGCUAUCGCAAGCGUAGGAUAUCGGUGGAGUGGGCAAGACAAGGAGAGAGGGGACGGCAUCGUGAAGGAUCUGGUCGCACUGGUGUGAACAUGAGGCCUGCUAAAACACUCUUUGUGAUAAACUUUGAUCCCAUCAAUACGAGAAUUAGAGAUCUUGAAAGGCAUUUUGAGCCUUAUGGGAAGGUUUUGCACGUCCGGAUCAGGCGGAAUUUUGCUUUCGUGCAGUUUGAGGCACAAGAAGAUGCUACCAAAGCCUUGGAAGCGACCAAUGGCAGCAAGAUAUUUGACCGCGUAAUCUCGGUUGAAUAUGCACUGAGAGACGACAGUGAGAGGGACGACAGGCGAGACAGUCCCAGGAGAGAUGGCUAUGGAAGGCGUGAUAGCCCAAUUUAUGGUCGGUCUCCCAGUCCGGGUUACAGAAGGCGCCCAAGUCCUGACUAUGGCCGGGGCCGUAGCCCUGUAUAUGACAGAUACAACGGUCCAGCUUUUGAUAGGAACAGGAGCCCCGAGUAUGGCAGAUAUCGCAGUCGAUCUCCCAUCCGAAGGUCGAGGACCUGAGCGGAGCACCACUAGGCGAACGAAGUUCAUUUGAGUUUUGUGUUCUUAGGAAGGACGGCUGUUCAGUAUGUCUGGUUUUAUUCCGCUUUUAUUCCAGCUUACUGUGCUAGACUUUUGCUUGUGUAAUUUCAAUAUGUAAAUUCAAGUUCCCGGAAACAGUUUCUUGUC